GCCUGAACCGGCACCCCACACAGACCCAACCUCCCUGCUUCAUAGCAGAACCCACUACUCUUCUCAGCUUUUCUCCUAACAAUGGCCUCUUUCUCUAGUCAUCUAAUUUCAUCGUUCUCAUGCUCGGGAAAAACUGCUUCACUACCCCGAAGAGGGAAUACCCCCUCGAUCUUUAGACAUGGUCAUCACUCUAUCAAAUCUUGGUCUGAGGUCAGCGGGAACAAGUAUGGUAGAAUCCUCCCUUGUGCAGCAGAAGCUGGGAGGAGGCAAGUGGAUAUUGUUUAUGAUCCGGAGGAGAGGUUUAGUAGACUGGAGGGUGAAGUAGAUGAUAACGCCAAGCUUUCUACGUUGACCCUAUUCUCGCCGUGUAAGAUUAAUGUUUUCUUGAGGAUAACUGGAAAGAGGAAUGACGGGUUUCAUGAUUUGGCCUCUUUGUUUCAUGUAAUCAGUUUAGGAGAUACGAUUAAAUUCUCCUUGUCACCAUUAAAGACAAAGGAUCGCCUGUCAACUAAUGUGGCGGGAGUUCCAGUUGAUGAUAAAAAUUUGAUAAUCAGAGCUCUCAAUCUUUACAGGAAGAAGACGGGGACAAACAAUUUCUUACAGAUCGAGCUUGACAAAAAAGUUCCUACUGGUGCUGGGCUUGGUGGUGGAAGUAGUAACGCGGCAACUGCUUUAUGGGCUGCCAACCAUUUCAGUGGUUUUCUUGUUACUGAAAAAGAGCUUCAGGAUUGGUCAGGUGAAAUUGGUUCAGACAUUCCUUUUUUUUUCUCAAAUGGGGCCGCAUAUUGUACCGGUCGGGGAGAGGUUGUUAAAGAUCUUCCUUUUGCAUUACCCAAGGACCUGCCAAUGGUUCUUAUAAAGCCCCAAGAAGCAUGUCCAACCGCCAAAGUGUACGAGCGACUUCAUCUUGGUAAAACUAGUUCAGUUGACCCGUUGACUCUGCUAGAAAAGAUCUCUCUAAAUGGACUAUCUCAAGAUGUCUGCAUAAAUGAUCUAGAACCCCCUGCAUUUGAUGUUUUGCCGUCCUUGAAGAAGUUGAAGCAACGUGUGCUAGCUGCUGGGCGUGGCCAGUAUAGUGCCGUUUUCAUGUCUGGAAGCGGAAGCACCAUUGUGGGAAUUGGUUCACCAGACCCACCUCAAUUUGUUUAUGAUGAGGAUGAAUUCAGUGAUGUUUUCAUAUCAGAGGCUUCCUUUCUCACUCGGCGGGAGAAUCAGUGGUUCACUGAGCCAACUUCGUCCACGGGGUCUUUUAUCAAAGAAGAGCCGCCACAAACAGAAAAAUAAUUACGAUAUUUUCUUACAUUCUAGACCUUUUAUUUUUUUUUUUCCUCACAGAAAAUGAUAUUGUAUUACCGGACUUAUUGUUCAUGCAAGAAAUAUAUAUUACAUCAAGAUUCCUAACGCAGUUUGCAUUAGGAGUCCAAUGAUGUGGGCGUCAUGUGUCAAGUGGGCCCCACCGUAAUAUACUGGCAUUGAUCAGUGUUAAAAACAGUGGAGCUCACUUGGCAUGUGACGCCCCACCAUGGGACUCCCAAUGAAUUAAGAGUCUUGAUGUAAUAUUUUUACCAAUCAAAGAGUGUGUUGUAAAGCUUGCUAUUGAUGACCCAUUGACCCGCGGGACAAGCUAUCAUUCACCAAUCCAAUGAGCAAAACAUGCAAUUUUAAAAGGUCACAUUUCCAUAUUUACCAUCCAGUUUUUAUGUAUUUAUGUAUCAACUCAUAAACUUUGAU